GUCGACAUGCGAGGCUCACGCUUUGACUUCGGGACCCUUUGACUGGUGCUUUGUCCCAGCGGGUGCCACGGCGCAGCAAUGCAGUAUAAAGUUGGGAUGUCCGAACGCGGGCCUCAUUGGGACGCUCCUGUUGACUCUUGGAAAGAGCCUCAGCUCCUGCUGGUACGACCACUGUCUACGACUUUACGACCCUCUGUAGCGCUAUCCAUCUUAUGUCUGUCUCGGUGACUAACGAAUCUCUCAUUUACUUCGCCCUUCGGUUAUGUAUUCUAUUUCUUUCUUUGGCGAUAAACGCGCUGCUGGUCGGUCUGACUGCGAUGGCUCUGUCCCUUGGUUCUGGCGGAGGCUAUGAAGUACUCUCGAUGAUUCUACAUGUUUUCGCAGAUCUGCUGGUGUUCAUGCGCACAAUCUGGGUUUUCCGCGUGAAAAAUCAAGGCAGCCGGGGCUGCCUCAUCGUGGACGGAUUCAUCUGGUCAUUGAGCUUCAUGGGUUGUAUCCUCCUCACGAUCCGAGCAGCCGCCGCCGGCGACUCCGGCCUCAUUCAGGAUUACUCCGCACUAGCGGACGCACGCAGUGCUGCUAUUGCAGUUCUGACCUUGUCUUGGCUAGCGUUCUCACUAGCUUCGAUGGGGAUAACCCUUGACCUGUUCCAGCCCUACCGGCCCGCGGACGUCACUCCCUUCACGCCCUACACGAACCCCCCGGAACGGCACCGGGUUGUCUUCCACAAGAACCACCGACCGCUGAAGAUCAUCGAGUUCCAGCGCGAGACGGAUCCGUACUACUGGAAACACCAGCCUAGUACCAAGCAGCAGCCCGCCAGGCACCAACCCGCCAAACAACCCGCCAAUAUGCAACAUCCACGAGCUCCGAAGCCGGCCUACGCACGCCCGACGCAGAAGCAGCCCGUGCGGAUGGAUGUGGCAUGGUCCAUGGCUUAGAGAGCCUGGACACUUCGACCUCAUAGGAGGCAAAUUUUCGAUCUUCUGCCCUGUGUGGCAUGGCCUAGCUUAUUUUGAUGUGAUGUAGUUCUAUAUGUUGUGCAAUGUUAUACUGCGAUAUU